UUUGUUAUAAAUUAUGCUGGUGAGUCUAAAUAAGAAAUACAACGUUUUAUGGAUAUUAAGUCAGAAAAUUGUUCAAAGUUCAUACAGCUGUGUUGGUGUGUUAAAAGGAAGUUGGUUGUUAUCUGAUUUAAUCUUAAUAAAUGUCAAAAUAUUUCUCCUUUCGCUUCCGGUUGGGGGCGGGUGGCAAAAUAUAUAUGAAAAGUGAAAAGCAGAAGUUUAAUCUGCAUGUUGUGACCGCAUUAUGGUGUAUUGAAACCAUAAGAGAGGAGAACAAAACGGAAAAUAAAGAACUAAUUGUUAAUUAAAAGACUAAAACAAAGAUAAAUCCUCACUUAUUCCCAUCUUAAAGGAGACGGUGUUUCGCUUUCUUUUGCGUCCCCCAAUUAUAAAGUUACAAUCAGAUAAUUUACACCGGUUAUGAAUGGGUGCUUUCCUCCAAGUCCCGCCCCUUCCGUUCCCACACACGGACCAAUCAGCGGCGCCGCUUCCUCUCGGUGGGACGUAACGUCAACUGGCGUCGUGUCGGGAUUGGAAUGUUAGCGAGCAACAAUCGGAACAACUGAGCACUCGGUAAUUGGACACUCGGUCUGAGGAAUCCUGCCGUUUUUUCCCUACGUUUUCCCAGCGUAUCCCUCCAGUUUGAGGCUGCCGCUCGCUUCCCUCUGCUCGGCCGGACAACUUCGCCCGCUCCGCCGCUCUCUUCCGACCAUGUUCUUUUGAUAUUUGUGAGGGAAUGAGCGGAGGUGAUAAAUAGGCAGAGAAAUGCAGGGAUUUGUCAGGUUACAGAUGGACCGCUGAAGCGUCUCCCGGUGUUUCUGAUUCUUCCAAACCGGGCACCAUGGAGCGAUAAAAGGACAACAUCCAGCCGGAGAGGCGUUCACACCGCCGGGGAUUCUUUCUUUCUUUAUUCUUCUUUUUCUUUUCUUUCCUUUUUUUAAAAUUCUACCCGGUGUUCAACAUCCAACCUUCACGUCUGGGAGAGCCUCGGGGCCCCCUGCCGCUGGCGCUCCAGCCUGGAUGAGGGGAAGCGGCCGCAGCGCAGAGGCUCCGGACAGGUCUUUGUCGGUGCGUCGCUGGAUGUGGUGAAACUCCACAAGCGGCGUACAAAUCGCCCACAUGCGCUGGAUCAAUCGCCGGAUCUCGGAGCACAACACGAAGAAGGGGGGUUGGGGAUGGAGCGAUGCAGCCGGGGCUGGUGAGAGCCUAACUUGGGGCCACUUUAGCUUUGUUAUUCCUGAGCAAGUCGCCUCUGUUCCCGGGACACAUGCAGGCCAAAAAACGCUACCUGAUCCUCCUGUCCGCCGGAGCGUGCCUGGCGCUGCUCUUCUGCCUCGGAGGGGUUGAGCUUCCAGCGGCCAGGAGGAGCCGGCAGGACCGCAGCAGGAGCGGGUACCGGCCCGAGCAGCCGUGGCCCCACUACUCGGACCCUUUACACGCCUUCCUGCCCUGGGAUCAGACGGACACCGAGGAUUACAACCUGCACAUAUCUCCGACGCAGAAGCGGGACGUGAACAGGAGCGUUUACAGGGGCAAGCGGUGCCGCAUGGAUUCCUGUUUCGACUUCUCUCUGUGUCAGAAGAACGGCUUCAAAGUUUAUGUUUACCCCCAGCAGAAGGGGGAGAAGAUCUCGGAGAGCUACCAGAACAUCCUAUCCACCAUCGAGGGCUCCAGGUUCUACACCUCCGACCCGGGACAGGCGUGUCUGUUCGUCCUGAGUCUGGACACUCUGGAUCGGGACCAGCUGUCCCCUCAGUACGUCCACAACCUGAAGACGAAGGUCCAGAGCCUGCCUUUGUGGAACGACGGCAGGAACCACCUCAUCUUCAACCUGUACUCCGGAACCUGGCCGGACUACACGGAGGAUCUGGGCUUUGACAUCGGCCAGGCCAUGCUGGCCAAGGCGAGCAUCGGUUCUGAGAACUUCAGGCCCAACUUCGACGUUUCCAUCCCGCUCUUCUCCAAGGAGCACCCUCGGACCGGAGGGGAGAGGGGUUUCCUGAAGUACAACUCCAUCCCGCCUUUUAGAAAGUACAUGCUGGUGUUCAAGGGGAAGCGCUACCUGACCGGGAUUGGCUCGGACACGCGGAAUGCCUUAUACCACGUCCACAACGGGGAGGACGUGGUGCUGCUCACCACCUGCAAGCAUGGGAAGGACUGGCAGAAACACAAGGACGCGCGGUGCGACAAGGACAACGCGGAAUAUGACAAACGCAGGCGUGUAAAUACAAGCCUGUGUGUGUUGGAGGGAGCACACAUGAUGGCCGGGGUCAUGACCCUGCUGUCUGAGUGACGAGGACAAAGGCCCACUCUCUGACCCACAUUCACUGACGGAUUAACAGCACAGCCAAGCCGACCCCCAAACUCAAAGGUGGCGGCGGUGGGAAGCAAGAGAGCGGAAGAACCACAGGGAAGAAGUGGGGGAUGGGAGGCUUGGACACUGAAGCCCAAGUCCAACAGCAUGCAUCCUGCUGCUGCAGGCGAUAAGAGAACAUCAGAACAAAAAACAC